AUGCCUGUUGUCGUGAACACCAUUCCUUUCAAUGCUCCAUAUUCGAAACCAUCAGGUCCUUAUACAGCCGAGACAUAUCAGCGAAGAGCCGAACACAAGGCUCGCACCGGGAACAAACAUGAAGAAAGCUACGUCUUGACCUUGCACACCGACCGGCAGCACCACCAGUCAAUGACCUCCUUGCGCAAGCGUUAUUUCCCUCCUAGGCUAAACAAGUUAGACGCACAUAUCGCUCUGUUUCGUGCGCUACCCGGCUCCAGGUUGCCUCAGAUCAUCGACGACAUCAAGGCCCUGGUCCAGUCACAGGCUCCCUUUGAGGUCUAUGCUACUAGACCUUUCCUCAUGAAACACGGGGUAGGAAUCCAUGUUGACGACCCUGAUGGCCAGGCCGAGACAAUUUUUAAGCACCUCAAAGCACAAUGGGAGCCUUUCUUGAGCCAGCAGGAUCGGAGCUUCAGGGCGCAUUACACCCUUCAAAACAAAGUCGAUGAUGAUGCAGUCAUUCGUCAAACGUUCAAGGAGGUCAACGAGCAAUUCCACGGCAAUCGGGGACAAGUGAUAGCCUUGACCCUUUACAAGUAUGAACGAGGCUUUUGGAAUGAGCCGCAGUACUUCUAUCUCAACGACACUCCCUCAGAUGAUGCAGGGGGAGAGUCUUUGGGAGAAUAA